CCAGUUGUGUGGAGACCCGUCUGAGCGUCCGUAUUUACUUUACGCUCUCGCAGCUUUCGGCCUUAGUCGCUGGUUCGCGCGUGUGUGUUUCGCACGUGAUGACGGCUACCACCAUGCUGAGUCACCAUAAGGCAUACCAGGAUACGUCCAGCUGCGCCAUGAGCCAAGCAUCCAGCAUGCAGCCACUUAACAACAAUGGUUACAACAUGGCUGCCAUGAACAUGGGAUACGGACAGCAAUCUUUUGGGGCCAACACCGGGAUGGCCACGAGCUCUGCCUGUAUGUCGCCCACCGUUGCUCCACUGGGCUCCAUGAACUCUCUCAACCAAGGUAUGCCAUCUGCUGGAAUCAUCAGUGGCCGGGAAUUCCUCUCUGGACCCCCGCCAGCUGCACCAGAUUCUCCGAGUAGUGCUCUGCAGCGUGCCAGAACGGAUACGAAGGCGUACAGGAGAUCGUACACACACGCGAAACCUCCUUACUCUUACAUUUCCCUCAUCACAAUGGCCAUUCAGAACAGUCCGAGCAAGAUGCUGACACUCAGUGAGAUCUAUCAGUUCAUCAUGGAUCUGUUCCCCUACUACCGACAGAACCAGCAGCGAUGGCAGAACUCUAUUCGACACUCGCUCAGCUUCAACGACUGCUUCGUGAAGGUCCCGCGGACGCCGGACAAGCCUGGAAAGGGUUCUUUCUGGACGCUGCACCCGGAUUCGGGAAACAUGUUUGAAAAUGGUUGCUACCUUCGAAGACAAAAGAGGUUCAAGUGUGAGAAACGGGAGGCGGUACGACAAGCGCAUAAGCAGCACCAGCCCAAGGCCAACAAAAUGGUGGACAGUCCAGUACAUAUGAUGCCACAGCAACAUCAGGGACUCCCUCCUGGUUCCACUCCCGCGGGCAUGGGAGGCAUGACCGGAUACCACACUGGUGAUCCCAAUAAUUGUUGUUCGCCAGGCAUGGUUCCAGGAGGCCCGCACCACGCACUACAUGAAUCACUACUCAAAGUGGACCCGCACUACAAUGCCUCCAAUCACCCGUUUUCCAUCAACAACAUCAUUGCCAACGAGAGUAAAGCGGACCUCAAGUUGUACGAAAUGUCUCAGUACGGAAGUUACAACCCACUGUCUCCGUCGCUUGCAGGUCCUCUUCCCAACGACUCUUCCGGUUAUUACCACCCGUCGCUCUACUCCAUGUAUCAAUCUGCCACGCCCAGUCUCUGAGAGGAAGAACACAUCAAAGACAUUGCAGUGUUAGGCGGACAACUCUCAGGGAAGUUCUUGAAGCGCCGUAAACCGUCCGAUGUGUUGAGAACAAGUCAUCCUGUACAUAGUUACUGUGUUGAGUGAUUCAAAGAGCAUUUAGCCAAUGGACAAUAUGCUUGUACAGAACGCUAUACGUGUUCCGCCCAUUGGCAUGGACCUACACAUAUGGGCGCUAUUUAUUUUUACAAGCUGUCGACUUUAAAUCGUAAACGCAUGUCGAAACGAGUCUAAUGUCCAUGAUGUGUUGUUCCGGAAGGCUUUGCAUGUUGCCCGGGAAAAGCAGCGAGUGACUCAGGUAAGCCUUAAUUACCUGACUUUUUCGCUCUGACGCAAAUAUUGGUUUAACAACACGUUGAGUACACACGACGUUUCUAUGUAUAUAUAAGCUGUACAAACUGAAAGCUUGAUUUGGUGGUCAUUUGGCACCUUCAAGUUUUAAAACGAGGUAUAAUAAAAUGGUUCACAGCGAAAA